GGUUAAAGUGGGCUGGGCUAGGUAUAAAGUAGCCGGAACUGUGCCUGCAGCACCCGCAAGUCUCUCAACACCUUGGCUCCGCCAGAUUCCUUCACUCUGGCAACCGGCGGCGCAGCCAGCAGCUCAGCCAAUCAGCACGCCGCUCGAGCCAUGACAGCCAGAAAGGCACUGAUCAUACUGGCUCAUGCAGAGAAGACGUCCUUCAACUAUGCCAUGAAGGAUGCUGCUGUAGAGACUUUGAAGAGGAAAGGAUGGGAGGUCACUGUGUCGGACCUGUAUGCCAUGAACUUCAAUCCUGUAAUCUCCAGAAAGGACAUCACAGGUAAACUGAAGGACCCUGAGAACUUUCAAUAUACUGCCGAGACUCUCCUAGCUUAUAAAGAAGGCUGUCUGAGCCCAGAUAUUGUGGCUGAACAAAAGAAACUGGAAGCUGCAGACCUUGUGAUUUUUCAGUUCCCACUGCAGUGGUUUGGAGUUCCUGCUAUCCUGAAAGGCUGGUUUGAGCGCGUGCUCGUUGGGGAGUUUGCUUACACAUACAAUGCCAUGUAUGACAAGGGACCUUUCCAGAAUAAGAAGGCAGUACUUUCCAUCACCACUGGUGGCAGCAGCUCCAUGUACUCUCUGCAGGGUAUUCACGGGGACAUGAAUAUCCUUCUCUGGCCAAUUCAGAGUGGAACUUUGCAUUUCUGUGGCUUCCAAGUCUUAGAACCUCAACUGAUAUACGGCAUUGGGCACACUCCCGCAGAUACCCGAAUUCAGAUCCUGAAAGAAUGGAAGAAACGCCUGGAGAAUAUUUGGGAUGAGACUCCACUGUAUUUUGUUCCAAGUAGUUUCUUUGACCUAAAUUUCCAGGCAGGAUUCUUAAUGAAAAAGAAGGUGCAGGAAGAGCAAAAAAACAAGAAAUUUGGCCUUUCUGUGGGCCAUCACUUGGGCAAGUCCAUCCCAACUGACAACCAGAUCAAAGCCAAGGAAUGAUUCACAAGACUUGAUUUCCUUCUAAAAUGUAGCCAAAUUUAGGUUUCUUUUGCAGGUUUGCUUUUGUUUUUGAGAUUUGUGUUUUUCUUUCUUUACAAGGAAUGAAUAGGAGAGACAAUAGACUUUAUUCAUACAUUUUGGUAUAGUUUUAUUAAACAUAGCUGUUUCUUGUAAUUGCUAUUAUGGCAAAAUCUGAUUAGGCUCAAGAGGCCACUUAAGAUGUAAAGCAGGGAAAGGUAUAGAAAGAUGCCAGACAAUAUUCUCUAAGGCCCUCUACACACUUUAAUCCUUCUUUUUAGGGAUAAAUUUUUAGGGCUAAAUCUGGCUCGAAAGCAUCCAACUCUUCGAUGAUCUGUUUUUCUUUUAAUUACCUCUCUGUGGUUUAUGGCAGAAGGGAAUUGCCCAGAGAAAAGAAAUGACGCUACCUGUCUGAUCCAAGGGACUUGUUUAGUAGUGAGUAAUCUAUGCUCGUUUGUGAUAUAUAUUGGUUUUAAUUGCUACUCAGUGACUAAUAUGCCUAAUACGUGUUACUCUUCCUUCAACUUUAUUUUUUGUGUAUAGUAUACAGUAAUACCUUGAAAUAAAAAGCUAAUUGAAGUCUCUUCUUUA